AUGCAUGCGAAACUUUCUGCCAAUAGAAACUCCGCGGGCGCUGAUACCGCGGGCGCUGAUUCCGCGGGCGCUGAUUCCGCGGGCGCUGUCUUUGCGCCCGCCACCGCGGCCCCGCUGCCUCUACUCCCGCCGGUGCGGUUCAACCAGGACGACACGUGCUUCACGUACGCGACGCACAGCGGCUUCCACGUGUUCUGCUGCGAUCCGCUGAAGGAGACGAUUCAGCGGCGCGAGUUUGAGGGGCGCGGCGUGGGCAAGGUGGAGAUGCUCUUUCGCUCCAACCUACUCGCGCUCGUGGGCAGCGGUCUCAACCCGUGGUACCCGCCGAACAAGGUGCGGUGGGGAGAAGAGAGAGGUGAGGCGAUUGGGGAACCCGAUCAAGGAAAAGAAGUCACACCCGGUGCAUCGGCUAGUGGGUGUUAG